GUAGGGGGUGUGCAGGAGGCAGCUGAUCGAUGUUUCUAACUCUCUAUCCCUCUCCCUUCCUCUCUGUAAAAAAUCAAUAAAAUAUAUUUUAAAAAAUAAAAAAUAAAAUAAAAAGGACAUGAGAGUGUGCGAUUCCAGGGGCUCGGACGCCCGCAGUCCUGGGUGGGCUCUGCCGGAGGUCCGCUGUGGUGCCGCCCGGCCACAGGGCCUGCCGAGGCCUGCUCCGCGCCCCGUGGGCUCCCGGGCUGCCUCCUCGCUGUGCGCAGGGCGCCCGGCGCUUCCCAGGGUCGGGGAGGCCCGACCGGCGCGGCUCCCAGGAUGUCCACAGCCACAACACAAGAAGUGCCUGGCCGGCACCGCCGAAUCUUCAGGCUUGCGAUACAGCGUCAGGGCGGGUGGAAGACACCGGGAGAGAAAAGCCGUACAUCCGUCCGCCUUGAAGCCAGGACGCUGUUCCGGAAAAACAAAAAUCUCACCGACACAGACCAGGUUAAGCAGUGCCUAGAUGACUGCACAGCGAGGAUCGAAAUCGGACGGCACCACCAGAUCCCGUAUCCAAGGCCAGUUCAUCUGCCUCCAAUGGGCCUGACCUCACGACGAGGCCGGGGACUUGGAAGCCAGGAGAAACCGAGGAAACUUUCCAAACCAGUUUAUCUCAAGUCUCACGAUGAGGUUUCCUAAUCCAGGGAAAGUUUGUUUCUCAGAUGAUGAGCCAACAAGGUCGUCAAUGUAAACCAGACGGCAAAACCUUUCUCCUUGACGGGGGCAAAAAUUCAAGUAUCUUCUUUAAAGCCUCCCAAAUAUUGGUACUGCCCUCAUGACGUGUGCUCACAGUGUGUCGGGGCCUUGCUGUCCGCGGGGAUGACACUCAUCCUGGCAGUCGCAGACCUCACGGCCCCCCCGAGGGAGGAAGAUGGAGAACGGCAAAGCUGCUCGAGGCAAGUCCUCGCCUGGCCUGUCGGCCGACACUGAGACGCCACCCAGUGUCUGGGUUUCUCAUGGCUGCUCGCAAACUAUCUACCCCCCGCGGAAUAGUGUAGGCUUUCUGUUUAAAUUAUAGAUUUGCUUACAGGUGGGCUUUGCCCGCUGGCCGGUGUGGCUGGAUUGGGUGUUGCCCUGUACACCCAAAGGUUGCCGAUACCAGGCAGGGCCAUGUCUGGGUUGCGGGCUCGAUCCCGUUUUUGUUCUCGCAUUGAUGUUUCAUUCUCUCCCACUCCCUUCCUCUCUCUAAAAAUAAAAAACUGUUUAAAAAAAUAAUAAAAAAUAAAUAAAAAGGACAUGCCAUUUGCCUCUCAGCAU